UCCAGUUGCUUAACUCGACGAAAUACCCAGAGUUCCUCGCUUCACUUAGUGUGCACUCUUGCGGUUGUUUUGAACAUGGAGGAGAGGGAAAGAAGAAGUGUAAAAUCAGACAGCAGAGAGACGGUAUCAGCACCCACCGGGAGCACGACCUCAUCGCCGGAUCUGGAGGCUGGCAGCAAAGAUGACGCAGAUCAAACAAACGUCUGCUCCGAUAAGUUUGACCCACUCUUGGCCUUGUACUCACCGACCGUGCAGCUUCCCUUCCCCAACAUCAAGUGCUUCAACAACGUGGCCGAGUAUGAGAGCUUUUUGAAGGGUGGCCGCGGAAGAGCCAAACCGGAGAAUGUGGAGAAAAGGCAGCGAAAGGCUAUGAGAGGGGUGGUGGACCCGGAGCGCAUCGAGAGACUGAAGAAGCUCAUGGUGAAUAACCCGGUGUCUGAGUCAGAGGAGGGAGAGAGCAGCAGCGGCACGACGCGGAGGAAGAGGAGGCAGAAACCCGUGAAAAAUGUCCUGACGAGAAUGCCCCUAUGUAAAGGCAGUCCUUUGGGGGAGCUCUACCGCUGCGUUGAGGAGAGGGUAAGAGUCAAAGUUCACAUCAGGACUUUCAAAGGUCUGAGGGGAGUGUGCGCCGGCUUUGUUGUGGCCUUCGACAAGUUCUGGAAUAUGGCACUGGUGGAUGUAGAUGAAACAUACAGAGAGCCUCUAUUUGGAGAGGCUUUCUACCAUGAGAAAGCUCUCACUACUACACGGCUUUUUGAGAAGCUACGUCUCCAGGACAACUCUGAAGGUGCUGAGUCGGUGAAGAAGCGGCAAACCCAGGAUGAAGCCAGCGAGCCUGCAGAUCCUAAAACGACUCCAAAAAGCCGUUCUUCCUCUUCUCAGCUCGCUGGCGUGGGAGGAGAUGGCAGGACAGCAGAAUCAAAGCUGUCAGAAGGUGUUGAAACCAGAAAGGAUGCACACAAAACAUCGCACGUGGCCCAGAGUCUACAGGCUCAUCAGAAGAAGGAAACCAAGACGUACGGCAAGGUCCACACGCGCCACAUCAACCAGCUUUUCAUCCGCGGCGAGAAUGUCAUCCUGGUUAACCCACAGCCUCUCUGAUCUUUAUUCUCUCUAUUUAAAAAAAAAAAAGUUUGAACAUCUGCACUAACAGGUGUAAAAAUACUGACAGAUUAGAGAUUCAGAGGAAUCACAGACUGGCAUGGUAUAUCAUAUUGAUAUGGAGGUUUGUCUCUGGCCCACCAGAGAAAUGAUCUUGCUUUUGAUAAAUAAAA